AAACAAAUAUGGCGAAUCGAAGUAAUGACAACAAUCAAGGGAAUUUGCAGCAGCAUAAAUUUAGUGUUGAAGGAUCAUCGGAAAAACAUAUUAGAAAAAAAGAAAUUCCAUUAGGUAUUUCUUAUUUGUGCCUAGUUUUAAUUGCAUGCAUUGUUCACUUUCUAAAUAUUGUUCACUGCUACAAAAUAUCGCUGCUAUACUGAGGUUACACUAGACUCUAGAUUUAUUAUUUUAUUUUUAUGCAUAACAUACUGAACUGAAAUUGAAUAGGCCUAAAUACUGGACUACCACGCAUACUUGCACUACACUCAAUAUCAGUACCUAAAAUAUAAUACUGUAACUAAACUAUAGUAUCUCUAAACUACACCACUUGACAUUUAAUACUUAAAUUAGUUUAGUAUCGUUUAGGCUGGUGAGGGGUAGACCAAGUCCAAGAACCACCAAUUGUGACUUGUUUGCAUAUUAUUAUUAGAUUAGUAUUAGGCAAGGCUGCGGCUAUUCGGACCAGGGCUUCCGACCCUUGACAAAGAGUGAGAGGUUGAGUUUAUUAAAAAAAUUAUUAAAAUAUUAUUGUUGGGUUUUUGAAACAACAUUUGGUAUCAAAUGAUUGAUAAUUUAAUGGACUAUAUGUUUGUAAACUUCUUCGGUUUAACUAAAAUAAAAUACCACAAAUGACAUACCAAUAGCCAUUUAGUCUGAAGGGACCCGGGUCCAAAUAGUGAAUUUCUCUAAAGAAUUUGUAAAAAAAGUCAAAUUUCGAAAUUGACCUACAUUGUUAUUGUUAUAUAAUAUAAUGGCUUUUAUUGAGAGUGGUCUUCGUUGAUAAAAUAUCUGGACUUUAAAUAAUAUGUCCUUAAUUGUUAUGGUUUCAGCAUUAAGCCUUGACUCAGUGCUCCAUGCAUAACUUAGAUAGGAAUACUCUAUGUAUCACUGGACCCCUCUUGGGAGCACAAGAUAGGAAUACUCUAUGUAUAUAUCACUGCACCCUUCUUGGGAGCACAAGAAUUUCAUUGACUCAUGUUUACCAAGUUGUACUUGAUUGUUACAGCUAACAUAGUUCCCAUCCACAAACAGCUAAGUGAUGUUGCCCAGUUUUCCUAUGCUGCACUUUGUGCCACCGCCCUACAUUCAUUAUUUGAUGCUGAUUAUGAUGGGUAAAUAUCUUUCAUUCUAUUUUACUUACCCAACUUUAUUCUUUAACAAAUUAUUUCAGUGUGUGUGUGUAACAUAAUCUUGACAUGAAUAUGGAAAAUCAUUUCAAUCUUAAGUCUAUUAUUUGUUAUUUUUUUACAAUUAAUCAACAGUAAAUUUCGUGAGGAGACAUUUGCUCUUAUCUUGAUAGCCCUUGAGCAGCCUCAGCAGGUAAGCUAUAUUAAAACUAUUUCUUUGAAAUAUGUUGAAUUUGAAUUGCCCUGUGGAUUAAAAUGUAGAUUCUCCAAAGCAUUAUCAUAUCAUCAAUACGAAUAUUUUUUUCUUAUUUUAAUGAACAUAUGGAUCUGAAGUGCAUAGGUUUUUCGAAUUAGGUUCUUUGUAGAUAAAUUCAAAUAAGUAAUCCAUGACUCAUGAAAAAAAAAGCACUUUCAUCAAACUAAAAUUAAAUAUUUAGUCUAUUAAUGUGCUUUAUUUGGUUACGGUGCAAAACAGAUCAGUAGGUUAUGUCAAUUGAUGAUAUGUGUACAAUAAUUUCAAAGAAGGAGACACAUGCACAUUAAUAAUCAGGUAAAAAUAGAAAACAGAGUGCAUACAUUUAAGUGUGUAUUUGUGAUAAUCACUGAACAAUUAUGAAACAGAGGAAGGUAUUAUUGUGCUUGAACAUUCUUCACACAUUUUAUUCACAUUGGCAUGUGCACAUAGAAUUCGUUAUGAGCAUCUAAACAAAAUAUAUGAAUAUGAAUAAAACUACUAACAAUUUGUGUAAAUUUAAAUCAAUUAUUUAUGUAGAUAAGUUUUAGUCAGUACGUGAACUAAAGGUGUUUAAUUUUUUUUUGCUAAUUCAAGAAUUAAUCAACUUAAAAGACAUCCCAGUCCAGCCCUUUUGUAACUGGUUGAUAUAUGUAUGUGUGUAUUUUCAUGUGCUUUUGUAGUGAAAAAAUGAUUUUGUCCUAUACAAACCUUUUUGAUUUUGACAGGAUUUGCACUAUUUCAAUUUUUUAUUUUAAAAGAAAUUUUGAUCUGUGCCCAGGUGAGUUCGCACAUUUCCCAGGGGCAUCACUAUUUAAAGCUUUACUGUACCAACAGGAGUCAUUGGUACAAAAAAAGUUUAAAGAUCUCUACUUCAGAAUUUCAAGCCAAUUUAUAAUUGAUAAAAUAAUAUUGUGCAUCCUUAUUUUAUGUACACUUUAACCAGGUUUGUGAGUCAGUGCGGGCGAUGCUUCAAGGUCAAGGCCUUGAUGAUAUGGAUCCCUACAUUGACAUACUGCUCGCUGAGGAAGUUUUGAAGGAAGGAGCGGAGCCAAUUGUAUCUCAGUUACUAGCCAUAGGCAUUGGCCAAGGUAGAAACAAAUAAGAUAUAUUUUUAAAAUUGAAUUUUAAACCCUCUUACCCACCUACAGAUUUCAAUGAUUUAUAUCACCAAGUGUAUUUCAUGGAUUCAGCACACAAUAGUAAAACAAACACAUAGCUCUUGAAGUUUUUUUUAACUUUAAAAUUAAAUAUUUAUCCCUUUGGGUUUUAAAAUAAUGUAAAAGAUCUAUUUUUUUCAAUGCUAUUCUCAAAUAAAAGUUAAAUUGUCUAUUUACCAGGGUGCUACGAUGCAAGAAUGCGAGUUUUAAUAAAACAUCUUGCCUGGCGUCUUAAAGUAGGAUGGGAUACAGUUGAUGACCUUGAAACUGAUAUGUCAGAAACAUUGGCUCUGUCCCAGUAUGAGAUGUCAGAGUAAGUUCUCAAUGCUGUCUUUGACAAACAUAAUAGCCAUUGGUAAUUACUAUAAAAGUGCCAAACAUGCACCUCUGCUCUAAGGAGUAGCCAUUGGUAGUAAAAAUAAUCAUACAAAAUACAUGAAAGGGAUUGACUAUAAUUAUUGAAGAUUAUUUGUAUACAAUAUAUCUAAUGAUCAAUACCAAAAAAUAAACCUGCUAGAACUAGUUCAUGGAUAUCAACAUGAAAUACUUUCAUAUUAGUUUCUACUUCUAGUUUUUACUAUAUAUAUAUAUAUAUAUAUAUAUANAUAUAUAUGUGUGUGUGUGUAUAAUAUAUAUAUAUGUAAAAUAAAACAGGUGUCUAACAGCAAUACACUACAUGAUUUUUUUUAAUCAAUAUAAAUCAAACUUUAAUCACAGGAAUGUUAUCUCCCUUUAUUUCCAAUGCAAUCAGAAGGGAGAGGUACAAUAAUCCAUUGUUCAGUGUUGUUGAUGUCUUAAUGUUUAUUUCUUUCUCGUCACAAGACCUAUAACAGUGUUUCUCAAAAUGCCAAUUUCUGUUAUACCUGCUUACUUUGUUAAGCACUGGGACACAAUAACAUAAUUUAAAUCAAUCUACAUUAAAAUUGAUUUUUACUCCUUCGGCAAAUGCUGAUUUUGUAAAAAAAAAUAUGUGGCCAGUAAGUGGUUUUUGUAACUGGAAAGUUUCUGGUUGCCAAUUUCUAAGUCUUGAGCUUGUUUCGGAAAUCUUCAACGCAGACCUUCCCCAAACCCCAACCCAAAAUUAAACCAAUUAAUGUAAUUACCUUCAUAAAUAUUGAGAUGCCACAAAUGAAGAUGCACAUUUCCUGUUUUGAAGCACUGCUGUGUUCUGCUGGCUAUUGUUUUACUUUUAACAGUUUGAUAGAGUAGAAAAUAUGUGUAAUUUCAAGUUCAUACAUGCAAAAUUUAACAAAAGUUCCUAUCUUACCCUGUUGACAUAUUCUUUUUAUUUUAUUGUCAUUUGAUCCUAUAUAACUACAAUAUAUGAUAAGUUUUGCUAACCAAAAAUUUUUUCUGGUAAAAUUACAAUGGUCAAAUAAAUUUUAACUCAUUCUCUGCUUAGGUUAAAAACGUAAUAUAUUUUAAAAAUAAUUUCGCAAUGAAAAGUUAUUUGAUUUAUAUAUUCCUGUAAAAAGUUGUCAGUAAAUUGUAACAGUUUGGACAUUCCCUUAAUAAUUUUUUAUUUCUUUACAAUUAUGUCUUAAGCUUAAAACCAAAUGAUCAUUUCUAAAAAUAUAGUGAUUUCUUCUUAGCCUUGUAAACAUAUCAUUUCCCUGUGUUCUGCUUUAUCAAAAAUUUAUCAGUGCUGUAAUUUACGAUCUGUGUAAAACUUUUGGUUAUCCAAAGUGGAUUGGAAAUUUAACCUCUAUACCAGUGUUUCCCAACCUUGUCUGUACCCCGCACCCCCUACAAAUUAUUUGACUAGUCUCUUAACCCCUACAACUUGUUUAACCAAAUUCGCACCGCCUACAAAAGUAACAGUGUAUUUUCAAAUUUGAAAAUUGUGGACUUAAAAUGUGUAUAUUGAUUUGCAAAGAGAACUGCAGAAUUUAGAAAAUGAGCUUGUAACUUAUUACAUGGAGGCAAAUGUUAAUGAAUAAAUGUUUAAAAUAUAUACAAAUUUAUAACAUAACUUUAAAGCUAAUGUAUCCUCAUCGGAUUGUCUUUUUUCCGCGCACCCCCUGAAAUGCUACUCCCACAUCUUUAGGGUGCGAGCACCCCAGGUUGGAAAACUUAUUGUCUUCUUAUUACUUACCACCCCCAUUGCAUUAAAAUAACUAAGACUACAUUACAUAGCUGUUUUAAGGUUAUAUUUUAUACAUUUUCAGUGAGGCUGAUUUGCCAGAUCAUUUGUAAGUCUCAAAUCACCUUAGUAAAACAUUUUGCUUUUAAUGGGUGAAGAGUCAAACAGUUAUAUCCGUAACCUGUUUUUUUUUUUUGGUUAGUUACAAAAGUUUUAUCCGUAACCUGAUUUUUUUUUGUUAGUUUUUUUUUUAAGUUACCUGAAAGCCCCCUUUAUCUUCCUUAUUUUUCAGUGAGGCUGAUUUGCCAGAUCAUUUGUAAGUCUCAAAUCACCUUAGUAAAAUAUUUUGUUUUUAAUGGGUGAAGAGUCAAACAGUUAUAUCCGUAACCUGUUUUUUUUUUUGGUUAGUUACAAAAGUUAUAUCCGUAACCUGAUUUUUUUUUGUUAGUUUUUUUUCUAAGGUACCCGAAAGCCACCUUGAGCUUCCUUAACUUGCACUGGAAACUUUAAGUUCCUUGUUCUCGUAAUGGGUUCACCAAUAUCUUUUUCUUGUAUUUUUGUAGUUAUCCACAUUAAAUAUAUUUUUUAUGAGCUUUGACUUAGUAAACUUUCAUUCAUUUAGUAAUCAGAUUAUGCUGUUGUAACAUUUUUUUUAAAGAUUUGUAAUUAACAUUUGUAAAAAGCAUAUAUAGGAUAUUUAAUGUAUAAAAGAAAAACAUUAUAAUGUGAGCCUAUCCAAAAUAUAUUUAACUCUUAUUAAGUCUUAUAUUUAAUAUGCAUGUUUGGUGCAUAAUGAUACACAUUUAAAAAAAAAUGAUAUCAAUUUAUAGUUAGGAUUUUUUUUGUUGAAAGUUCUGUUUUUUUUAAAGUUUUCUUUGUUUUUGUUUACAUGAAAGCAAUUAUUAUACAUCAUGCAGUAAACUUCAACUUACAGCAGAUAUCUGGGCAUUAAUUCUUCAACUUACAGCAGAUAUUUGGGCUUUAAUUCAACUUACAGCAGAUAUCUGGGCAUUAAUUUUUCUAAUAAUCUUAACAGCAAUCUCAGUUUUAUUUGAUGUCUUUUCCAGAGAGGAGAAAUUAGAAAAACUAAAGAAAGAAAAAAAGAGGAAGUUUAAACGCUACGCUCUGAUUGGCUUAGCAACUUUGGGUGGUGGAACUUUGAUAGGUGAGUCAAAUCAAGUCAGUUACCAAUCAAAGGCACAAUAAAAAGUUAAAAAAACUGGAUUACAAAUUAAUUAACGAGAGCCUAAAUUUCAAAGGAAAUGAUUUCUUUAUUUGCUCUAUUUAUUUAAUUCAGUGGCAGCCAAAAUUUCUAAUUUUUCAAAGUUCUAGUAAUGUUCCAAUGAUAUUUUUUCUUUAAAAAAAUUAAAAAAUUAUUUUCAUUAUUUAAAAAUCUUGUGGCUGAUGUUUUAAAACAUUUAAAAUUUCACUAGGGCUGACAGGUGGAUUAGCAGCACCCUUUGUAGCAGCAGGUGCAGGGGCAAUUAUUGGUGGGGCAGGUGCUGCUGUGCUGGGAUCAACAGCCGGUGUGGCCAUCAUAGGUUCCCUGUUUGGUGUUGCAGGAGCUGGUUUGACAGGUACAAGCCCUGGGCCGAUAUAAAUGUUAUAUAUUUAAGCAUAAAUAUAUAUAUAUAUUUUUUUGCACAUAAAAAUUAUUUUUGGCAAAAAAAUAUAAAAAUUUUAAAAAUUAACCCAUUCCCGGUGGCAGUGCUACUUCUGUACUUAAUUUAUAUUCUUCAUGAAGGGAAUUAACCCCGUCUAACAAUUAAUUUACACUUUAAAAAAUGUUAAGCUGCUAAAUAUCAAUUAAUAUCAAUGAAUUAAAGAUAAAUGCAUCCAGAAAUGAAUUAGGUUUAAUUAAAAAAUAUAACAUAAACGGCUAACAAAUAACAAAAAGCAAUGACCAAAAUAUCUUUUUUGGCACACAUACUAGAUAUGGAUGCACUGCAUUAAAUCACACAGAGAUUUAACGUGAAACAAAUUAAAAAAUUCCGAUGUUUCAAUUGAAAUCACGCAAAAUUGUGGGAAGUCUCAGGGGACACAAGAUUUCGUUGCUGUUUUUAAAUUUAAAAAAUAGGGGUAUGUAGCAUUGUGUCUCCUAAGCUCCAGCUGUAUUUUGAUUAAGGUGAGGGCGAGUUGCUCAAAUCCUUAUUCUCUCAUCCUGGGCUAUUUGAUCCAAUGGCAAGUCUUGGUCAAGACAACUGGAAAUAGGUCAGGAUGCAGUAGAUGACCAGCAGCCUAUGUGUGUUUAUCACUGUGCUCUUUAUGCGUGUUCCACAUCACAGGAGUUGGCGGAAUUUUCAUUGUUUGAAUGUCAUACUCCCUACGGGACUCCAACUCCAGGGUUUCAAGUUCAGAGUUUGCCUUCCCUCAGAUUAGCUGCCAUCCAAAGUUAAUGAGGCCUCUCCACCCGGCUGGUGUACAUGUUGUUUUUUUCUUGUCUAGGAGGAUUGACUCCGUUUAUACCACUCUGCCCCCCAGCACCAAAUGAAUUAAUAAGUCACUGAAACUGUGUUGUUGUUUUUUGUUAUUGCCAUGAACACACUUAUUGUAUUCUGGUUUUUCUUAAAAAUAAAAUCAAUUAGCACGUUAUGAUUUCUACUUUUUAAAUAAAUCCGACUUGGUCAGGUUACAAAAUGAAAAAACGGGUCGGUGCCAUUGAAGAAUUUGAGUUUGAGCCUCUGGUGUGCGGCAACAGCUUAAGAGUCGAGACACUGUCCAAUCAACUUCACAUCACGAUAGCAGUAACAGGAUGGUUGACCAACGAGUUCAGAGGUUAGUUAAAUCAGGGCAGUAAGUUUUUAGAUUAAAAUUAUUUGAGUAAUAUAUUAGCUAAAUAAAUAGUCUUUUCCUUUAAGUAUGUUUAUAUAUUUGAAAAAAUAUUGUUUCAUAACCUAUUUUAUGUGCUGCAUCCCCUAUAACAAGUAUUACUUAUUCUCACACCCUGAUGUAAUAGUUUGAUUUUGUCUUUCACCCCCUACUAAUACUUUGCCCAAGUCUUGCACUCUCUCCAAAGGUGAAAUUGGAGACAAUUUUUGAUAAUGAGGUACAAAGAAAAGCUUAGAAUUUAGAAAAGAAAAUUGUUGCUUCAGUAAAAAAAGAAUGAUGCAGAAGUAAACAAAUAUUUAAAAAUUUGUAUAAUAACUUAAAAAUCAAUGGCUUCUUUGUUCUUAUACUCACUUCUCCUUGCACCCCCAAGCGAGGGAAAUGAGCACUCUAGGUCCCAGCAGUGUUUCUUGUGUUUCACUGUGCUCUUUACCCAUAGCACUUCACAGGAGUUGCCCGAAUUUUAACUUUGUCGAUGUCACACCACCUGCUGGACUUCUUCUCCCGGAGGUUUGAAUUCAGAGCUUGUCUUCUCCUAGAUGGCUCACCAACCAAGAUUAACGAGUCCGUCCCGUCCACCUGGGGUUCUGCUGUGUUUUGCUUUUCUAGGUUUUUGCUGGGGGCUGAACUCCAAUCCAAAAAUUUGGGAUUAACAUAUUUUGACCGCACAACCACCCAGCUGCCAGUGUCCUUCUUAUCUCCCAUGAAGAAGGGCCAGUAACCAUAACUGUUAUCUAAUAACUGUUUUUUUAAAGAGAACAAAUACUUUGAUGGAGCCAUGAAAGCCUGUUGUCAUAAUUUAACUCUUUCCAUGCCAGGGGGUUUUCCACGUUCGUGCCAGACCAGUAUUCGGGUAUGGGAAUUUUUUAGGGUGCUCCUAUCUAUUAAUUAAUUUUGAAUACAUUUCUUUUAGCAAGAUAGCUGUAUUUCAUAUCAAAUUAAAGGAAAUUAGACAGAGAAUAAUAAUAUGUAAAAUAUAAAACAAUAUAACAACAAUAAGUUAAAUUUUUUAGGUAAAAUUGUGAGAUCAAAUUUUUUAUAUUUUUAAAAUUGCACACAAAAUCUGAACUUAUCAGACUACCAUAUGGUCUGUGUUGCUGAUAUAAUAUUCUGCUUCAAUCCCCAAAAAGUAUAUCCAUUUUUGAUCAUAAUGCAUUUUACAUUUUGAAAAUAUUCCAUUUUGUUACGGAGUUAUAGCCAUUUUUGUAACAUUAGGAGUAUUCUUAUCUGAAUCCUCACUGUUGCCAUAGUAACAAAGUGGUUUUGAAAAAAAUUCAUAACUUUUGAACUACUUGAGCUAGAAAGUUGAUCUGGGUGUUUUUUAAUCCAUUCUCUAGGCUCUAUCCAUUCGUGGUAUUUUUAUAUUUAAAAAAAUGUUUUGAAAUUUUUAUGAAAUUGCCGACAGUACCACUAUUACUAGUAUUACUAUCAGUACUAUCACCAUUCUAUUACUAUUUCCAUUUACCGACCCAUCAGAAUGCUGAAAAUCCUCAUUGGAAUCAGAUUCAAAUGAUUCAUGGUUAUUGUCUGUUGUUUCAGCAUCAAUAAUUAGCAAUAAAAGUUCUUUUAUUUGCAAAAUUGACUACCUACGUGGUCUAGCAACAGCUGACAUGCUUGGAGUGGGCGUAGCCAUGGCUUUGUUUACAAAAUUUUCAACAAAAAUCGAAAUAUUAUUAGAAAAACACACGCAAACAAGCCCUACUUGAAACAGAAAGGAAGUUGUAAGAGUUAUCCUUCGUUUAAAAACAAAAAUGUCGGAUUAUGAGCCACAGGAAACGAAAUAAACUACAUUAAUGCUAUCGACAGUAUACUGUGGGUUGGCACGAACGUGACCACUCAAAUCGACAGUAUGCUGUCGAUUGGCACGGAAAGAGUUAAAGUGACAUUUGGUAAAACUGAAGAUUCUUAUCUGUUUUAUAAGAUUUCCUGUUUCUUCCCCAGAUUUCAAACAACCCUGGAAGAACCUGGCAGAGUCAAGGGAACAGUACACCCUAAGAUGGGAGACCAAAUACUUGGUGCAGAUGGGUGAGGCCAUGGAUUACAUCUUUAACUCUGCAAUGACAAUGGCAGCUCAGGAAGCCCUUAAAUACACUGUACUUAAUGGUAAGUGCUAGGAGGCCCUUAAAUACACUGUACUUAAUGGUAAGUGCUAGGACGCCCUUAAGUUGACUGUACUCAAUGGUAAGUUCUACGAAGCCCUUAAAUUGACUGUGUUAAAUAUAAUUGCUAGGAAGCUUUUUAAAUUGACUGUACUAAAUGAUAAGUGCUAGGAAGCUUUUAAAUUGACUGUACUAAAUGAUAAGUGCUAGGAAGCUUUUAAAUUGACUGUACUAAAUGAUAAUUGCUAGGAAGCUUUUAAAUUGACUGUACUAAAUAAUAAGUGCUAGGAAUCCCUUAAAUUGACUGUACUAAAUGAUAAGUACUAGGAAGCCCUUAAAUUGACUGUACUCAAUAAUUUCUAGGAAGAUCCCAAAAUUGAUUGUACUAAAUAAAUAACAGCAUAUUUCAAUUUAUAGACAUUUUACUCUGGAGCAUCUUCCUUUUAAAUGGGGGAAAUAAAAUGUCACCAAACUGACAAAUUUUCUUACAUUAUUGUAGCCAAAUAGAGUUAAAUCUACAGUUAUGUUAAUUUUUAGCCCAUAUCUAUUCUAUGUUAAUAUUGCUAAGUAUUUUUAACAUAAGUUUAGCAUAAAAUAUGUUAAUGAAAAACUCCCAUCUGCACUUAAUUUUUUAUGUUGUAUCUGAAUUUCCAUCAAUAUUUCUGAAAAUAACUGUCUUAUUUACAAGGCAUGCAAGUGAUGUCUCCUAUAUUUAUGUUUAAGGACUACUGGCAGCUAUAGCCUGGCCGAGCGCUUUGAUAUCUGCGGCCAACUUUAUAGACAACCCUUGGUCAGUUGCGCUGCAACGGGCUCAGAAUGCUGGCAGAGAGUUAGCUGAAGUCUUAUUGGCCAGACAGCAGGUAUUCAUUAAGUUAUAGAAUGUCCAGAAAAUAUCCAAUGGCCGGAUCUAUCAAUCUGAGGAUUCUAUUAAAAGGGACAGCAAUUCUGUAGAAUUUGAUUCUUUGUUGACAUUGACUUAACCAUGUGAAUAUUAAAAUUAUGGGUUGGCCCUAAUGAAGGGGAAAGUGAUCAAUUACUUUAAAAGGUCUUGUAACUAGAAUGUGUCUUUGAAGAGACAUUAAAAAAAAAAAAGACUUGGAUUGCAUAGAUGCAUUAAAAAAUUUGUCACCAUCAAUUUUUUCUAUGCAUUCAUUUCAUUGUUUAAACCUUUUUUUCUUUGUAGAAAGCUUAACAAUGUAUGACUUUUUAGAAAAUGUAAAAAAAAUAAAAAAAUUCUUGUUUAAUUUUUAUUGAUCUUAGGGCAACAGGCCAGUAACUCUGAUUGGUUUCAGUCUUGGUGCCAGAGUUAUAUUCUCUUGCCUUGAAGAACUUUCAAAGAGGAAAGGUAAGAAUGGAUAUUUAUAAAAUAAAUAGCUAUUCAUAGCCCAAUUACACAACAAUUAUUUAUAGUCCAAUUACACAUAGAGCACAAACCAGAAUACCACUUACUGAAGCUGAUUAGCUUUGUUAAGUUGUAGGGGGAAAAAAUUUUUUGUAAAGAAAACAAAAAGGGAUCCCCAGAAAAGCAUAAAAAUAAUUAGGACAAUGGUCAUAGAAUGGUAUUAUUGUCACAUCUACAAUCACUCACAAUCACAAUCUAGUUAUGAGCUAUAAUAACAGUGGCGUUGUGGAUCCAAGUGAAUAGUGACUAUACUUUAUUAAAGUUUAUUACAUGCUAAAACACACAAUCACAAUAAUGAUAAUAGUUAAUACUUAAACUGAUCCAAAAACACUUAGAAUAUUGCUUCUCGGUAACUUCUCCACUUGAUAAAAAUAUCACUAUACUAUGACCCAAUCUUACAACAAAAUAUGGACUUAAUAACCGCCAUCAUUUCGUCUCCACCUUCGUUCUUCUAUGAUUGGUUAGUUUUUACCAAGUGCCCAUACUCUAUAUAUUACAAGUGAUAAUUCUCACAUUACUUAACUCCCUUGUAAAUCAUUAUCUCGUAUCUGUGACACUUAUACAAACUUAUUUAUGCUCCUGGGUAUUUUAUUCUACCUCUUCCCCUUAUUGAAUUCUAGCACAGAAUCCUACGGCUGAAAGUUCAGGGAACUGGGCUAAUGUUUCACCGUCUCCACUAUUAACUGCAUGCAAAAACAAAUCAAUUAAUUGCCAUGUAGACCUCAGCACACUAAGGGUCGCCUACCCCUGAUCUAGCAGAUACCUGAUCUUGCAGAUACCUGAACUAGCAGAAACUUACCUGAUCUAGCAGAUAAUUACCUGAUCUAGCAGAUACUUACCUAAUCUGGCAUAUACCUGUGUCAGUUAUUUAUUGAAGAAGCAAUUGUUCCCGUUCAUCUUUUCAGCCAGUGAAGGUAUCAUAGAAGAUGUCAUAUUACUUGGCACCCCUUCCACUGGCGAUCCCAAAGUCUGGUCAAGUUUUGCCAAAGUGGUAGCUGGUAAAAUUGUCAAUGGCUAUUGCAGGCAAGUAAACUAAUGAAAUUUGUGUUUUCUUCUUGACAAUGCCAUCAGUUUGUUGUUCAAUUUGAAACAUGUGAGUGAAUUGGUUUUAAAAGGUGAUCAGCAGUGUCAAGAUUCUCUGAUACGGGUAGAGAUUGAUUUAAUUGCUGUAUUGAAAUUCCUAAGUUAAGCUUGCGCCUCCUCUUUGAGUGCUGUUUAAAUUAAAUGAAUAUGAACGAAUAGGGAAGUCUUUAUCCUUUGCUUUUCUCUUGUAAAUACAGAGGUGAUUGGCUGCUGAAAUUUUUAUAUAGAACUUCAUCCGUGCAAGUGAGCAUAGCAGGCCUUCGUCCAAUCAAAUGGGCAGACAGACGUAUGCAUAAUAUUGAUCUCAGUGAUGUGGUAAGUAGGUCAUUCUAAUAUUAAUUUUUAAAAAGAUAACUGAUAAUAUUUUCACUUUUCAGAAUAUACUUUUAGAGUUGACAACAUCAAUUACACAGAUAUUAAAGAUUUGGAAAAGAUUUGUCCUCUGUAAUUUAAAGUUAGUGAAGUACAAAGUGUUUUUUGAAAUAAGAGAUUAAUUUAUGUGAAAAUGUAGUAGAUGUUUUGGGACCCUUUGGGCAUGCAGAAUAAGAAUGGAACUCCUAUCUUUAAAAAAUAAUUAUUAUUCAAAUUUCCAAAACAAAUGGGUGAUUUUUGCAACUUUUCAUGUCAUGAAUUUUUAGAAUUUAAAUUAAAUUUCUUUGAGUUCUGGAAUUAAGUUGUUAUUUUUGAAUUUCAUAACAAGGUUCAAGGUCAUAUGGAUUACAAGCAACAAGUUGACACAAUCAUGAAGGCAGUUGGGAUUCAAACCAGAGAUGAUCUGUUGCAAUCGUCACGUGCCUCCUCCAAGGUGGCCUCGCCUGCUUUGUCCCCUGACCAACCGACUAAGACAGGGUUGGAUGACCUUUCAAGUUCAGAUGAAGAAGUGCAUGAAAACAAUUGGGUUGUGGUUCCUGAUGUGCCAGCCGUCCCGGUUAUACUUGAAGACUACAGCCCCAAGGGGGAAGGGAAACGGUUGAGCUUUAGCGGCCAUGACCAAACCUACUCGCGGGACGACACCAUACCUGAAUCUGCCAGCUUUGAUUCUGGGGUUGUUAUAAACAGACUUGAGUCUGAAUCAAGGGAGAUACUUUCAGGUAUAGACACCAUGGGAAAUAGAGAACAUUCAGGAGAAACCAUGUUGAAAGAUCAUAGAUCAGAGAAGAGCUCUCUGGGAGGGGACGUGGUUCAAGGGAAACAAGAUUCAGAAGCAGACGGAGCCGAUCAAGUGGCAGGGCAUUCACCUAAACCGGGAGACAGAAUCGGUGACGCAGGUGCUAAUGGGGACUCGGAGGAAGAAAAUUCAGACGAAGACGACAGGUACAGUCGAGAUGACCCCGACAAGUUGAAAGUGGAGGAUGAGGCCAGCACCCUGCAGAGGAAGAAGUUGUUUGACAGCAUGUACAGGCUCGUGCUGGACGACGACCUCAUGGAUGUGAUGAACGAGGACGAAGAUGAUUUGGUGGCCUCAGAAAACAGCUGAUUCAUCAAAGAUAUCCGUAAAAGCGGUUAAAUGUGUUUUCUAGUUUAAAGUUUUAAAGAAUUGCUGAUGGAGAUUUUUUUGUCAGUUAAUCGGUAACUCUUGUUCUUUACUAUGCAUCGAUCAUACAUUCAGUUUAUUUAAUUAAGUCAUUAUUAGGUUGUUUUAAAAAAGAAUAAAAUGAAUAAUAUUGUUGGAUUUUAGCUACUGGUUGGCCUAUCAGUAGCUAUCCAAUUCACAUUCCUCCCCUGUACUGUAAUGGGUGUGGCAUUCUGACGAAGCAUAGCAAGCAUUUUCCACAUUUGAAUAAGCACUUGAUAAUAUUAAACCAUUUAACAUCCAGAUGUCCUGCAGUGUGAUGAUUGGUAAAAUUAUUGCCUGUCAUUCCAACACCCCCCCCCAUCGUAUAGUUUUUCAGAUAUUCAAUGUUCUGCUUCAAAGUAAGCUGAAAAUUAUAAUGAAAUAUAAAUUCACUUUUUUUAUUCAUCUGAUAUUUUGAAGAAAAUAUUUUUAAAAAUCGCUGCUGUGAUUGGUAGACAGAAGAUCAUGUAGGAAGAUAUCGGGAUGAAAUAUUUGAUAAAAUAAACAUCACAUGGUGCAUCAUUUUAUUAAAUGAUGGUUCAUCAUAAAGUGAACUAAAUGUAGUCAGUAGCUUUGCUUCGAAGACAUAACUAGCAGUUCAGUGACAUUUUCAUUACCAUUACAUGCCUGAGUUAUGCCAAUAAUCGUGAAAACUAAACUGCACCUUAAGCAAGUAUAUUUUAUUACUGCAAAUUUCUGUGGCAACACGAGCCAAAUAGAAUGUGUUUUCUUCCUUCUCUCUUCUUGUCACUCAAAUUUUAUCAGUGUUUCAUCUUACAUAUCAGAUUUUAAAAAAUGUUAUCAUGUUCUUGGUAAGAUUUCAUUUAGUAUGUCGUUUCUCUAAGUUAGUUAAAGGUACAGUACUCUUAACUUCCAGUUUACCGAUUUCGUAACCUAUAAAUUUGUUUAGAAUAUUCUUAGUAAACAUAUCAAACCACAGAAAUAAAUUGAUAAUUUCAAACUUUGUUAGAAUCAAUUGAGCAGCCACAUUCCUAAGUUAUAAAAGAGAAGUUCUGUGAUAUUUAAACUUAUGACAUCGGCCCUGCCCUUUUAAUUGUGUUUUACUUAUCCCAAAUUACAAAUUAAAAAAUGUUUGUGCACAGAUUUCUGGGCUGUGCAUCGGAUCAUUAAUGUUUUUCAAUGUCAU